AAGUCCCUCGCACUCGCCCUCAUCGCCGUGUGCAGCUGUUUCUCCGGAUUGUGUCUGAGUGAGCCUGAGAAUAUCCCCCGGAUCGGCUCGCAGGAUCCAGUGCGAGGAUUCGAGAGGAGUUUCCUCACUCCGGAAAUGUUCGCCCGGUAUUUGAUCCGGAGACUCCAUGUAUCAUCGGAGUUUCGUCUGCGAGCAGGGGCUCAGAGCAUGCCGCGCACCUUGGGGGACUUCCAUGAAACUGUGACGACCCCGCCUCAGCAUGAGGGGAAUCGCGUUCGAGUAGCUUUUAUCGGGGAUCCCAACGUGGGGAAAAGCACAAUCAUCAACAGACUCGUUGAGAAGGACAUCUGUUCAGUGUCGAGAAAACCUCACACAACGCGUGAAUCCUACGACGUCGCACUGACCACCGAUGAGCUCCAAAUGGUUCUCGUGGACACGCCUGGUGCUAUACAUCGGAUACACGCUCGAAAGCACCGACUACCCUCGGAAAUGGUCGCCGCGCCUGGAAGAGCUCUAGAAAACGAUAUCGACGUUCUUGCCGCUGUCAUCGACGCAUCGGAUGUUUAUCGUCGAGAGUAUUUGAGUCUCGAGAUGCUGAAAUUGUUACAUCAGCAUCGGAUAGAGAAACCGGAUGGAUGUAGCAUUCUCGUUCUAAAUAAGGUCGACGCGGUCCCCAACAAGCGCGAUUUGCUAGGCUGCAUCGAGAGUCUGUGCAAAGGCACGGUCGGCAACCAAAAACUGCGGAAAUGGGAAGUCAAACCGGACAUCAGUUUGAAAGAAAAGAUCUGGCAGGCAGAAGAGCGUCGACGAAUGAAAAAGGCAGCGAACGAGGACCCUAUCGCUGAAGAACGAUCUGAAGAUCUCGAACGAUCCAGUGAGAAUCCCGAUGAGGGGACAUAUAAGCAGCGGUACCCGCCCAGGUUAGAGACUUGGACACACUUCGAGCGUGUCUUCAUUGUGUCGGCAACUAAGAACGACGGUAUGGACGAUUUGAGGGAAUACCUAUCGAGUAGGGCCCAGAAGGGCAUCUGGCAGUACAGGAAGGAGUUCAUCGUGAAACAGGAUCCCACGGAGCUCGCCGAGAGUAUCGUCAAGAGCAAACUGCUCGACCAUCUUGACAGAGAGGUUCCGUACCUACUUGUCCCUAGAGUCAUGAAUUGGUUCCUCGACGACGCCGGAUCCCUCCAUAUCGACAUGAAUAUCCGAUGCCAGACCGAUCGGCAGGUUACGACGACUUUAGGUAGAGAGGGAAGGAUCAUCGCAAAAAUCUCUGACGCAUCACGACAGCAGUUGUGUAACGUUUUCGGCUGUGAAGUAGUUCUUAAAUUAUUCGUGCUCAACGUGAAGUCGACAAAGAAACCGAAGAGUGAUGAUAAAAGGGUAGCAGAGAGGAGCUCCUGAUGAGAUUUUCUGGCAGGAACGAGUGAAAAUCGUUGGUACAUACACAACACACAUUGUAUAUGCACAAUUGUAAAUUGAAGUAUGCCGGUCAGGGACUCACGCCUUCCGAGGAAUAAAGUCGACCAUUCUGCC